AUGAAUAUUGUACAAACAAAAAAGGCACACAAAGUAAUUUGCAGCUUUAUUGUGCUUAUGGAAGCUACAUUUCAGAGCUCAAACAGUGAUGUAAACCCCCGAGCCAUUCAAAGUUCCAACCCACUUAGAGAUUUUAGAACUGAAAGGCGAGCAGUACAUUCUUUGCAUUAUAGCUUUGAAGGGCAUUCUAAGAAUGAAACUGAAAUAUCUAUACCUGCCAAAGGUAUUACAUCUAUUGACAGCAAUAUUAAGAGACUAGUGAAGUUAAAGGAACUAAAUCUUGGUGGUAAUAAGCUAAGAUCAUUACCAGCCGAGAUAAGAGAGUUGAAAAGUCUACAAAAACUGGAUCUUAAUUGCAACAAAUUUGAAACAUUUCUAGAAGUAAUAGGAGAGUUGGAGAAUCUACUAGAGCUGAAUCUCAACUUUAACAAACUCAAGACACUGCCAUCUGAGAUGGGAAAGCUGAAGAAUCUACAAGUAUUGAUUCUCAAUGAUAACAAACUCGAGAGACUACCACCUGGGAUAGGAAGGCUGAAGAAUCUAUUGUAUCUGUAUCUCAAAGGCAACAAGCUUAAGACACCACCACCCGAGAUGGGAAAGCUAAAGAAUCUACGAGAACUGAAUCUCAAUAAUAACCAACUCGAGACACUACCAGUUGAGGUGGGAAAUCUGAAUCUACAAGAGCUAUAUCUUAAUGGCAAUAAACUUGAGACACUUCCAAUUGAGAUAAAAAAAUUGUCCGGUUCAUUGGAAAUUCUGGACUUAAGAGGCAAUAACAUUUUAGAGGAAGGAGAUGGAAAAAGGACUCUAGGUAAGAAAGAAUUGAGAAAGAUAUUUGAAGAUCGUGUUGUGUUUGAUGGGGAUGCUCUACGAAUACCACAGUGA